AUGCCGUUGUUAAUUGCUGCAGAUGCAUCAAACGCAGUGCCACCAAUAAUCACUGAUAAGGUAACAGCUGCUGGACCAGAAACAACUGCAGUGACAUCAACAAUUGCUCUUGCGCCAGCAACGAAAGUAACAACUAAGUAUCCACUGACAACCACUGGACAACCAAUCACCACUAUUGAGCAACUAGCAACCGAGGUUCUGUUAACAACCACUGUGUCACCAACGACAUAUAAAAAAACAACAGCCACAGAUGAACCAACAGAAGUAGCCAUGAUCCUGCUGACAACCGCUGUUUCAGCAACAACCACGGAUGAGCCAACAACCACCAUGUCACCGAAAACAGAAGUACAACCAACCAUAAUGCCACAAACAACAGAAAAAUCAGUAACCACAGUGCCAGCAACAGCUACUGAACAAUCUACCAACUACCAUUUGCCACCAACAACCACUAAACAAUUAACAACCACAGUGCCACCAACAUUCACUGAACAACCAGUCGUCACAGUGCCACCAACAAUCAUUGAACCAUCAACAACCACAGCGCCACCAAGAACUAAACAAUCAACAAACACAGUGGUAAUAAAAAUCACUUUACAAUCACCAACAACCAUGCCAAGAACAACCUCUGAACAAGCAAUAAACACAGUGCCUCCAACAACCACUGAACAACCAAUAACCACAGUACAAAUAACAACCACUGAACAAGCAAUAACCAACGUGCUACCAACAACCACUGAACAAUAA